AUGAGUACUCGAAGUCGAAGAAUUGUCCGGUCAAAAAGUCGAUCAAGAAAUACGAUAAACUCACCAACACCUACCAGAAGUCGUAUACGUCUAAACAGCGCACGUGAUAACAGUUUACCGUAUGGGUCAUUCACGCGCCAUCACAGUAGUAAUGAUAAUGAAUUACCUUCGUCAACACCAAGACAUUCAAAUAAUAACGAAAACGAUUUAAACAAUGAACCUAUUUCUGAAUUUCAUUUAUCUGAAUCUGUACAGGUGCAACAACAGGUUCCGGAUGAUCAAAACAAUGAUCGAUUGCCACAAAACAGAUCGGACAGUACUGUUAGUGUCGAAGCUAAUAUUACUGAAUCAAGUUUUACUCCUGCCACAUUGAUCACCAGUUCUGCUGAAAAUGUUCCUUUAAAUGAUAAUACUAAUGCAACGUUAACAGUGAUUCGUUCCGAUCGUAAUGUUACAAAGAAUACUACAAACAAUGCCGAUGUUUUAAAGCUGUUUGAUUUAAUAUCGAAGGGAGUUUAUCGUUGCAAAAUUUGUCAACAAGAAUUAAAAAAAGAAUACCUUUAUCCGUCUCAAAAAGUAAUUUACACAGUAAAAGAAAAUCCUAUUCCAACUGAGCUUAAAAAGCAAUUAGAUUCUGCACUUGUUUCUUGUAUAAUUAAUGAUUCUCGUUCAUUUGAUGACUUUCGAAAAAAUGGAAUGCGGCAAUGUCUUUCAAUAGCGGUUCCAGGCUAUAUUCCACCACAUCGAUCAACCAUCAAAAGAAAAAUCGUUGAUCUUUAUCGACAUCAUCGUGAUUUAUUAAGACUCGUAUUGGCAAAACCACCUGAAAUCGCGCUUACUUCAGAUGUUUGGAGAAACAGCAAUGAAACUUACUUUAUUUGUUUAACAGCUCAUUUUUUUGAUCACCAAUACAAAUCUAUUUCUCUUACAAUUGGCUUUCGUCAACUGAUUGGUAGUCAUAUAGCUGAACGACUUCGUAAAUAUAUAUUACAUGAGUUGAAUACGUUACAAAUUCAAAAUAAAAUUUGUUCGAUUACAACUGAUAAUGCGUCGAACAUUAUUUGUACUACUGAAAAUGAACCAUGUUUUGGCACAAGGUUCUCGUGCCUUGCGCAUGACUUAAAUUUGAUUAUUCAAGAUGCACUCCAUUUGCAUGACAAAAAAAAUUAUGAUCAUAAUCGAACAACAUCAUCCCACAACAGCCAACGCUUUAUCGAUGCAGUAGUUUGUGAUGAAGAUGGUGACGAUUAUUCAAGUUCAGAUGACGAUGAAGAUGAAGAAGUACCAACAAAUUCAAACAACAAUAAUGUGGACCAUGAUGAAGAGAAUCUUGACGAUAGCUUCGAUGAUGAAACUGAGAUGCAACAACAUCAAGAUAUGAUUUCAACUGAUGAUGCUUUAAUGAAUGCACGUCAUUUGGUGAAUCGAGCUCGUCAUUUUGCUAAAUUAACUCGUCGUAAACACUUGAUUCAUGAUUAUUUCAAGCGAGAAGCGAAAGCCAAAAAAUUAGCUGGUAAUGGAUUAAUUCUGGAUUGUAUUAUUCGAUGGAACUCGUCAUUUUACAUGAUUGAUCGUUUUAUUAAUUAUAAAAUUGUAAUUAAUGACGUUACAAAAAAUCCACGUAUUAUUGCACCUGAAAUAUCAACAUCAAUGAUUUUUUGCCUUAAACAACUGGCAUUUUGUUAUGAAGAGUGGGAAAUCUUGAUGGCUCUUCGUAAUGUUUUAUCCAAGUUUGAAGAAGCAACAAGACUUAUAUGUGGAAAAAAAUAUCAAACUCAUUCGAUUGGUUAUUUGGUACUGGUUGGACUUGAACAUCACUUGACUCAAUCAAUACCUAGUGGUCAACAAGCUCAUAUUGAAUUAAUUUUUCGCAAAAGUUUAUAUGAUGCUUACUGUUAUCACGUAGCUGACAAAGUCAGUUCUAUUCAGAAAAAAUCAAUGAUGAUUGCGUGUUUCCUUGACCCACAGACACAUCAUUCGAUGAAUGAUAAUGAUAAAUAUGUAGCUCAACAGCACAUUAUCGAUGAAGCUCGAAGUCGAAAUAUGUUUCAUAAAGCAGUUCCAUUAGUGAACGAUUCGUCGAAUACAAUUAUUUCAAAUUUAUCAAAUGGCAAUUUGAACAAAAAAGAUAAUCAAUUGAACAGUUUUUUGACUGGAUGUGGUCUACAAACUCUUACAAUUUCUUCUAUCAAUAGUCAUCCAAAUCGAACAAUUCACGAAGAAAUAGCUUGUUACAUAGAUAAAGUUAAAACAUUUACAUCAUUUGAAGAAUUUUGGAUGGCAAACGAAACGGUACUUUCGAAUCUUUCAAGAUUUGUUCAGUCGUUUAAUAUACGACCAACCACAUCAGUACCGAGUGAAAGUUUGUUUAGUGUUGCUUCAUACGUAAAUCGUAAACAACGUUGUUCAUUAUCAGCCGAUACCCUUCGUUAUUUAAUGACUCUUCGUGAUGCUGAAUUAGUAGCAGGUUUAAUUAAAAUUUAG